AUUCUCAUUGUCACUUGCACAUUUCUCCAUCACUCUCACAGUCAUGGAGACAGAGUUGUCAUCAAAAUUCUGCUACUCAAAAAUCACUACCACCACCACAACAGCAGCAGCUACAUCCAAAACCACAAUCACCACCACCACCACUACCACUACAACUACUACUACCACCUCCACCACCAAAAUAACCAAUUUCUCAACAUUAAUUCUCUCUGAUUUUCUCUUUGUUUCUUCAAUCAUUUCUUCAAACCCUCUGUACUUUUCUUACUUCGUUUUCUUCUCACCUUACCUUGUUAAGCUCUUAUCAUUUCUUUCUCCACUCUUCGUCACCACUUCACUCCUCCUCCUUGCUCUCCUCACAGUUUCUCCCUCUCUUAUCGAUGAUUUCGCCGAAUCGAACUCCGGGUUUCUGUUAAAUACAUAUAAUUCAGUCAUAAAUACUCUGCGAUCUAAAAUUGACGUUCAAAGCUCUGAAUUAUACAUCUUUCAACAGCUUGAAGCUUCCAUUUUACCCAUAGAUCAUUACAUUAUUGAAGCAUCUUCAGAAACUGAUGAUCAAUUCAAAGUUGCAGACAAUCUAGUACUCAUGUAUUCCAGUCUUCGGGAUUUAGUCGGUGUAUGCGAAGAUCAAUCUAGUCCUUGCAAUGUAGAAGCAGAGAAAAAUGACAAAGAUAUUAUCACCGUGUAUGAAGAAUUAUCUCAAGAUGUAACAUUUAAGGAUAUUGGAGAAACCCAAGAUAAUUUGUUACUAAUAGACGAUGAUCGGUCCGAUGCAACGGCUGAUGUUUCCGGCGGAGUCUAUGAAUUGCAAAACGAGGAUGACAAUGAUUUAGCUGUGGUACCAAUACUUGUUGAUAGUGGCAGAAAUGAUACAUCAGAUGUGACUGAAAUUGUCAAGAAAUUAGACAAAACUAACGGGUCAAUUCGAAAGGAGUGUUUAGUUCCAACUGAUUUUUUCUCCGAUAAUGACUGGGAAGACAUGAAGCAGGGGAAUGCGAAAUCUGGUUCGAGCUUUGGAGUUUGUGGAUCAAUGAGGAAAGAAAAAGAAUGGAAAAGGACACUCGCAUGUAAGCUUUAUGAAGAGAGACAAACUGUUGAUGGGAGUGAAGAAGGGAUGGAUUUGCUGUGGGAGUCUUAUGAUACUGACACUGGAAAAAUGAAGACAAAAAAGAAGGAGAAGACAGCAACUGUGAAGAAAACUGAGAUUGAACACCAGAAAAAUGAUUACCAGGUUGAAGAUGAGGAUGAUGAAGAUGAAGGGAUGGAUGGGGGGUCAAUAUGUUGUUUACAAGCUUUGAAGUUCUCAACGGGAAAGAUGAAUUUGGGAAUGAGGAAACCAAAUCUUGUUAAAUUUUCAAAGGCUUUGAAAGGAAUUGGAUGGAUUCAUCACGUUAGUCGACGCAAUAAAAAGGCGUAAAAAAAAUGUAUCGAUCUUUUGUAUGACUCUGGUUGUGUAAUGCUAAUUCCAUAUAGUAAAUAUCUGUUAAUUCCUCAAUCAUAUUGUUUCUUUAUUAUCUCA